AGAAGAUGGCAGUAGUGCAACUCUAAGGAUGCAAGCUGCCGUUAAAACCCCAAAAGAAGAAGAAGAAAAAGGAAAGUAUCAAAGUAUCACCAGGUGAUCAUUACCUAGCUGUGUCUUCCCUCUGUUUCGGAUAGCCCCCCCCCCUGUAGAACAUGUCCGGACUCCAGACUGUGACGGUGUUCGUCAGACAGCGGCUGACUGCAGCUGUCGACGAGAUAAUCGGCCACUUAGAGUCAACACUGACCGAGUAUGAAGAGGAGAUGGAGUGCCGCUAUCGCAAACUGCUGCUAGACACGGUGUCCAAGCCCGAGGAGAAGCUGCAAAGAGCAGAUGUCCAGCUUCAUUUGCUGAUUAAAGAAGAGCAGCAGGAGUGGAGCCCCGGCCUGGACGAAGAAGACCCAGUGCGCACACACAUUAAAGAGGAACAGGAGGUUUUCUGGACCAGUCAGGAGGUUAGAACCCAGCUACCAGGACCGCAGGAGGGGGAGUUCACAUUCACUCCUGUCCUUGUGAAGAGUGAGGAUGAGGAAGAGAAACCUCAGUUCUUACUGCUUCAUCAAAGACAAACUGAUGAAGACAGAGAGGCAGAGCCUCCAGCCAGCAGCUCAGCUGAACAGAUGAAAACCGAGGCUGAUGGAGAGAACUGUGGAGGAUCAGAACCAGACAGAGUUUUAGUACCUGGUUUUAAAUGUCUAUCUGCAUCUGAUGACAAGACUUCACAGUGUUCUGGUGCUGUGGCUGAAGACAGCAAUGAUUGUUGGAAGGAGAUCAGGAAACCUCAGACAGAUUUAAAUAUUUUGAAAAAUAAAGUUCCUGUAAGUGAUAUGGGACCUAAAUCCUUUAGCUGCUCAAAAUGUGGUAAAAGAUUUGGACAGAAGCACCAUCUUCAGACACACAUGAGAUGCCAUACUGGAGAGAAACCCUUUAGUUGUUCUCUUUGUGAUAAAAGAUUUAGUCAGAAGGGAAAUCUGACACAACACAUGACAGUCCACACAAGGGAGAAACCAUGCAGUUGUCCUGUCUGUGGCGAAAGAUUUGCACAAAAAGGAAAUCUGACACAACACAUGACUGUCCACACAAGAGAAAACUUUGUUGGUGAGAGAUUGACAAAGGGAAACAGAAUUACACAUUUUACAAAACAUUGAGUUAACAGCUACACAUCAAAAAUCCAAAGUGAUAGCAGCAGCUAAUGAAGUUGGCAACUGUUGGUUGAGAGCUAUAGAAACGUCGGCACAUGUAAAUCCUGGUAGCUCCCAUGAAUUUUGCAAAUUUUUUUGUCUUACUUAGUUGUUUUUGUUGUGUUUAUCACUGGAGCACUAAUGGCAUAUGACAUAAUAGAUUCAUCAACAUCGGAAUAAGAAGCACUUGGAGACGAUUAGCGCUCCACAGCCGACCAACCAGCCUGACCUGCCGGACCAAACGCCGCCAAACCAACCCAGGGAGGAGAGCCGAGAUGAAAGCUAAGCUAACCCAGCUAGGACCUGAGGCUACUCCACUACCCAGCAUGCUCCUGGCUGUCUGAUAGACCUGGCUCCAUCGUUCAUCCCGGAUCAAGCUGCACUUGAUGGGCGGACUUCAGGACAGAGAGCA